CGCCGAGGGGAGGGGGAGGGACGGGGGAGGGGUCCGGCUGCCCCGGAAGCACCUCCCCGCCAGCCCCCUCCUCCAGCCCGGCCCGCAGCCCCCGGCCUGCAGCCCCCACCCUCUCGGCCCGGCAGGAAGUGACAGGCCCCGAGCGAGCCCCGGAGGCCUGGCGGAGCCGCGGCCGGCCCGCACCCGGAGCGGCGGGAGGGGCGGGGAGCCACGGCCGCGCCGGGCGCCUCCCACCCCGCUCUCGGCGCCCCCGCCCCUCCAGGAAGGGGAGGAGGCGAGGGGAGCCCGCCGCGGAGGCCGAGCGAGCCCCCCGCCCAGCCCGGCGCCGGGGGACCCCGGCACGUGAGGUGGACGCCCCCCCGAGAGCACUCGGGUGCAGAGCCAGGCGCGGAGGUCUUGAGUCCGAGCGCCAGCCUCGGGCACCCUGGACCUCUAUCAUGGAGACUGAGAGUGAGCAGAACUCCAACUCCACCAAUGGGAGUCCCGGCUCUGGGGGCAGCGCUCGGCCCCAGAUAGCUCAGAUGUCGCUGUAUGAACGGCAAGCGGUCCAGGCUCUGCAGGCACUGCAGCGUCAGCCCAACGCGGCUCAGUAUUUCCACCAGUUCAUGCUCCAGCAGCAGCUCAGCAAUGCCCAGCUGCAUAGCCUGGCCGCCGUCCAGCAGGCCACGAUUGCUGCCAGUCGGCAGGCCAGCUCCCCCAACACCAGCAGCGCCCAGCAGCAGAGCACCACCACCCAGGCCUCCAUCAAUCUGGCCACCACGUCGGCCGCCCAGCUCAUCAGCCGAUCCCAGAGUGUGAGCUCUCCCAGUGCUACCACUUUGACCCAAUCUGUGCUUCUGGGGAACACCACCUCCCCACCCCUCAACCAGUCCCAGGCCCAGAUGUAUCUACGGCCACAGCUGGGAAACCUAUUGCAGGUAAACCGGACCCUGGGCCGGAAUGUGCCUCUAGCCUCCCAGCUCAUCCUGAUGCCUAACGGGGCGGUGGCCGCGGUCCAGCAGGAGGCGCCAUCUGCCCAGUCUCCGGGAGUUCACACAGAUGCCGAUCAGGUGCAGAACUUGGCAGUCAGGAACCAACAGGCCUCAGCCCAAGGACCCCAAAUGCAAGGCUCCGCUCAGAAGGCCAUUCCUCCUGGAGCCUCCCCUGUCUCCAGCCUCUCCCAGGCCUCUAGCCAGGCCCUCGCUGUGGCUCAGGCUUCCUCUGGGGCCUCAGGCCAGUCCCUCAACCUUAGUCAAGCUGGUGGAGGCAGUGGGAAUAGCAUCCCAGGGUCCAUGGGUCCAGGUAGCCAGGCACCUGGGGGCUUGGGUCAGUUGCCUUCCUCAGGAAUGGGUGGUGGUGGGAGCUGUCCCAGGAAGGGCACAGGAGUGGUGCAGCCCUUGCCUGCGGCCCAGGCAGUGACUGUGAGUCAGGGCAGCCAGACAGAAGCAGAAAGUGCAGCGGCCAAGAAGGCAGAAGCAGAUGGGACUGGUCAGCAGAGCGUGGGCAUGAACCUGACACGGACAGCCACACCUGCUCCCAGCCAGACCCUUAUUAGCUCAGCCACCUACACGCAGAUCCAGCCCCACUCCCUGAUCCAGCAGCAGCAGCAGAUCCACCUGCAGCAGAAGCAGGUGGUGAUCCAGCAGCAGAUCGCCAUCCACCACCAGCAGCAGUUCCCGCACCGCCAGGCGCAGCUGCUGCACACGGCCACCCACCUCCAGCUGGCCCAGCAGCAGCAGCAGCAGCAGCAGCAGCAGCAGCAGCAGGCCGCGCCCCUCCCUGCCCCCCCGCCCCCUCAGGGCCCCCCCGCCCAGCAGGCCCCGCCUUCGCAGUCCCAGCAGCCAGCCCAGACUCUGGUUGUCCAGCCCAUGCUGCAGUCUUCGCCCUUGUCGCUCCCUCCUGACCCAGCCCCCAAGCCCCCCGUCCCCAUCCAGUCCAAGCCACCUGUGGCCCCUGUCAAGCCUCCUCAGCUGGGGGCUGCUAAGAUGUCAGCCACCCAGCAACCUCCGCCCCACAUCCCCGUGCAAGUCGUGGGCACCCGACAGCCAGGUACAGCCCAGGCCCAGGCUUUGGGGCUGGCCCAGCUGGCAGCUGCCGUGCCUGCUUCCCGGGGGAUGCCAGGCACAGUGCAGCCUGGCCAGGCCCACUUGGCCUCCUCGCCGCCUUCAUCCCAGCCCGCUGGUGCGCUGCAGGAGGGCCCGCCUGCGUUGGCCUCGGGGAUGACCCUGGCUCCUGUGCAGGGGACGGCGCAUGUGGUGAAGGGGGCGGCUACCGCCUCCUCACCUGUUGUGGCCCAGGUCCCUGCCGCCUUCUACAUGCAGUCUGUGCACCUGCCGGGCAAACCCCAGACAUUGCCCGUAAAACGCAAGGCUGAGUCAGAGGAGGAGAGAGACGAUAUCUCCACGUUGAGUUCAAUGCUUCCUGCGAAGGCGUCUCCGGUCGUAGAGAGCCCGAAGGCCAUGGAGGAGAAGGGCGGUCUUGGAGACAAAGCUGAACCAGUGACCAGUGUGAAUGCUAGUACCCCGAGCAGUGAUGUAGUAGCCUUGGCUCCUGCCCCGUCAGCACCGCCUCCCACGCUGGCCAUGGUGUCCAGACAGAUGGGUGACUCCAAGCCCCCACAGGCCAUCGUGAAGCCCCAGAUUCUCACCCACAUCAUUGAAGGCUUCGUUAUCCAGGAAGGAGCAGAACCUUUUCCGGUGGGUUGUUCUCAGUUACUGAAAGAGUCUGAGAAGCCACUGCAGACUGGCCUCGUGACAGGGCUGAAUGAGAAUCAGUCGGGUGGCCCCUUAGGUGGGGACAGCCCAUCUACUGAGCUAGAUAAGAAGGCGAACCUCCUGAAGUGCGAGUACUGUGGGAAGUACGCCCCUGCAGAGCAGUUUCGCGGCUCCAAGAGAUUCUGCUCCAUGACUUGCGCGAAGAGGUAUAAUGUGAGCUGUAGCCACCAAUUCCGGCUGAAGAGGAAAAAGAUGAAAGAGUUUCAAGAAGCCAACUAUGCCCGCGUUCGCCGGCGCGGACCCCGCCGCAGCUCCUCCGACAUCGCCCGUGCCAAGAUCCAGGGCAAGCGUCACCGGGGUCAAGAGGACUCUAGCCGGGGUUCAGAUAAUUCCAGUUAUGAUGAAGCACUCUCUCCAACAUCUCCUGGGCCUUUAUCCGUGCGAGCGGGGCAUGGAGAACGUGACCUGGGGAACCCCAAUACAGCUCCGCCUACACCAGAAUUACAUGGCAUCAACCCUGUGUUCCUGUCCAGUAAUCCUAGCCGUUGGAGCGUAGAGGAGGUGUAUGAGUUUAUUGCUUCUCUACAAGGCUGCCAAGAGAUUGCAGAGGAGUUUCGUUCCCAGGAGAUUGAUGGACAGGCCCUUUUAUUACUUAAAGAGGAACAUCUUAUGAGUGCCAUGAACAUCAAGCUGGGCCCUGCCCUCAAGAUCUGCGCCAAGAUAAACGUCCUCAAGGAGACCUAAGGUGGCCCUCUUGCACGAACCAGCCUAAGGCAGACACUCCCCACUGUCCAGGUUAUAACCUGGUGCCAGCAGAGACUUCACAGGGAAGACAGAGCUGUUCCAAUUAUGUAUGUCUUCUGUAGAGGGGAUUACUGAGACAGGGAAGACAAGUGCAAGAAUUGGUCGCUGGUGCUACAUGGUGGCGGCUUUGACAUUUCUCUGGGUUCUACUUUACUUUUUAAAUCUUUACGAUUCUCACCUACCCUAAUCCAAUCUUUAUAACAGAGGCAGUCUGGAGAACUAGGACUGCUCGGCCUUAUCCCGGAGCGGAGUGUCUAGCCAGGGUCAGAAUUCUCCUAGAGGAGCAAUGUACAGUAUGGUGAGGCGAGGAAAUGGGUGGAAUGUAGGUGUGCCUCCGCAGUGGGGGAGCUAGGGUUUUCUAGCUUGUGUGACACAAGCAGCAAAAUCUGGCACUCCCUCUUCCCUCUGGAUCGUCUGACUGUAGCUGUGGCCCAGAGUUUUGUUGUCACUCCCUUAGUACUGGAUAUUUUCUCCUGCAUCCGCGGCAGGGUCACCAGCCAGGGUAGAGACUGGGUUGGCAUCAUUCUGAUUUGCUGCAGGGACUAAAAGUUUUGGGCACACAUGUGGCUGUUGUCUUUCUUUCCGCAUCCCCCUGCUCCUUUCCAGUUUAUCUGUUGUCUCCUACCCCACCUUUCUUUUCCAUUCCAACUCUGCUCUGUCCUAUAGCUUUAUAAAGCAGGAGCGCGUGGGACUGAGGUCAGGAAUAGAAGUACCUGCCUUAGGCGCUAUACCUUAUACAACAAAAAUAUUAAAUAUUUUUUUUCCUCCUCAGUAAAAGGAUGAAAAUUGGUCUCAGUUGUCUCUUACUCCAUCAUUCCAGUGUAUCUACCCUCUUCUUUCACACAAAUGACUAGGCCAAUGUGGUUUUUUUUUUUUUAAUCUUUUAACUGUUUUUGUACCAAAAAAUGUAUAUAUUUUUUGCAUUUUUAAAACACCAGAGUGUGGGGGAGGGAUGCAAACAAAUAACAAAAAAGAUGCUUUUAUGACAUUAUUUUCCCUGUUUAGAAAGAAGAAAAAAAAUCAUUCCAAUAGUAUUUAAAAGUCCAAAGAUGAAAUCAUUUCAUUUCCUUCUCUAAAGGCUAAAAAAGGCCCCUGCCUGUUGAUUCCAUCCUCCUGUGUCCAGUGGAGCCAUGUUACUCUUCAGUGGCCCAGGCUCACUAUCACACAAAGAUCAGGCCAGGUUUCUGGGCACAUGGCCUGAACAGAAAGGUGGAAGCAUCAGAAGAUUAAGACCGUCUCCCCACAGAAAUAAGGUCGUGGGCAAGAAGACACGUCCCUGAGCCAGAAAAAGGGACACGUGCCGCAGCCGCCACAGCCAGGGCGGAAGAUGGCAGAGCCCUGGAUGUCCCACUUCUGCUUCCAUUCCCUUUCCAGAAGACUGGGGGCAAAAAAAAAAAAAAAAAAAGUCAAAA